GGUUAGACUGCACACCUCAUUUGUUUUAGCUCACUUUUAGUUGUUAAAGGCUUCUGCGAAGCUCUGAACCUCUGCAGACCCAAAGGUCUGAUGUGUCUCCUGAAAAGUUAAAAAAGGACGUUUUUUUAAAUCAAACCUUUUAAUAUGGAUAUUGACAACAUGGUGCAAAACAGCGCUCUUGUUAGAGCCAGAGAAGGUGGAGGAAGCAAAGGAAGGAGCUGGAAAUGGAGAGAAAUGCUACGGUUUCCCCACAUCAGCGAGUGCAGAGAGCUGGCCAAGACCAUAGAACGAAACUACGAUGAUCUAUGUGUCAAGCAGCCAAUUGGAAAGAAACUGUUUCAGCUCUACUGUAUGACUCGGCCUGAACUGCACAACCACAUGGGGCUCCUGGAUGCUUUGGAACAAUUUGAAACAAAGGAAGAUAAGGAAAGGAAAAGCUUUGGGUUCAGCAUCAUUCAGAGGUUUAUGAAUCCCCAGGCUAUCCAGUUUGUGCCUUUAUUAGCAAAGUAUGAACAAAGCUGCAGAGAGAGUCUGGAGCUCAGUCCAUGUGAGGACGUCUUUCACACAUGCAGAGAAGCCCUGCAUGAAUACCUGAGUCAAGAGCCCUUCACAGAGUACCAGUUCAGCAUGCACUUUGAUCGCUUUCUACAGUGGAAGAAACUGGAGAGGAAGCCCAUCACCAAACACACGUUUAGAGAAUACAGGCUUCUUGGGAAAGGAGGCUUUGGAGAGGUUUGGGCUUGUCAGGUGCGGGCCACAGGAAAGAUGUAUGCCUGUAAAAAGCUAGAAAAGACCCAUGUAAAGAAAUGGCAGGGAGAGCACAUGGCGCUCAAUGAGAAAGAGCUACUGGAGGAGGUGGACAGUCGAUUUGUGGUAAAUCUUGCGUAUGCUUAUGAGACCAAACAUGCUCUGUGCUUGGUGUUAACCAUGAUGAGUGGUGGCGACCUGAGGUUUCACAUACACAACAUGGGAGAGCCUGGUUUAGAAAAGAACAGAGUGUAUUUCUAUGCUGCAGAGGUCUGCUGCGGAUUAAUUCAUCUCCACCAGAAGUCAAUAGUUUACAGGGAUCUUAAACCUGAAAACAUCCUCCUUGAUGACAAUGGACACAUCCGCAUCUCUGACCUAGGCUUGGCUGUGAAGCUGCAGGACGGGGAUCUGGUGCAGGGAAGGGUCGGCACAUUGUACUACAUGGCUCCUGAGGUGAUCACCAAAGAGAAAUACGACAUGAGUGCUGACUGGUGGGGCCUCGGCUGUCUGAUCUACGAGAUGAUUGAAGGUCGAUCUCCAUUCAGGGCCCCGGGAGAGCGCCCCAAAUCCUCAGAAAUGGAGAAAAGAAUCACAUCGAAAAAGUUGCAAUUCAGCGACAAGUUCAGCAGGGAAGCAGUGGACAUCUGCCAAGGGUUGCUGCAGAGGAAUCCUAAAUACAGAUUAGGCUGCCGGGGGUCAGGAGGGAGGGAAGUGAAGUCUCACCCAUUCUUUCGACUCAUCAACUUCCGGAUGCUGGAAGCAGGACAAGUGAAGGCUCCUUUCACACCAGAUCCCAGGCUGGUGUACUGUGAUGAUGUGCAGGAUAUCGAGGAGUUCUCCACGCUGAGGGGAGUCGUUCUAAACCAGACGGACAGUGAGUUCUACGCCAAAUUCAACACAGGAAGCGUGCCACGGAGUUGGCAAAACGAGCUCAUAGAGACGGGAUGUUUCGAGGAACUGAAUGUUUUCGGUCCAAAGGGAUCUCGACCUGCAGACCUGGACUGGUCCAUGGCCCCUGAAAGCCCCAAACGCGGUUUGCUGCAUCGAAUUUUCCGCAGACGCCAGCAUCCCUCAGACUCAUUAGAGGAUGUCAAACAGAGCCAGCCGUCCAACUGAGGGGAUCCGUUCCUCUCCAACUCCUGAAGCUCCAAAGCAGUUUGUGUCUGUAGCUACAGCUGCAGCACAGUAGCACUUAUGAAAUGCCAUAAUCAGUUGUGUCUUUAAAUAAACUGUGUUU